CUGGUCCAGCUUGGGCUAUAUAAACGUCAGCAGAGCCGAAUUUAGUGUUCCUCAACUAUUCGCCAAAAUGAAUUACGGCUCUGAUCACUACGUUUCUUCAUCAUACAGGAAAAUGUUCGGGGAAGGUCCCCGUUUUUCAGCCUCUACCGCACGAAGUUCCAUGACUUCCAGUGGCUUUAGGUCGCAGCCCGUCUCCCGUACGUCCUCACUGGGUUACAGAAGGUCGGGGCGCUCGUCUUCAUUCUCUCCGGUUCCCAGCGACAGUGUUGAUCUAACUCAGACGUCAGUGAUCACCAAUGAGCUUAAAAUCAUACGAACAAAUGAGAAAGAGCAACUACAGGGUCUUAAUGACCGAUUUGCAAUGUUCAUCGAUAAAGUGCGCACGCUGGAGCAGCAAAACAAAGUGUUGGAGACGGAGUUGGUCACUCUGCGCCAGAGGCAUAACGAACCGUCGCGCAUGGCGGAUCUGUAUCUACAAGAGAUCCGGGAUCUGCGCAGCCAGAUAGAUGAUCUCAACACCGAGAAGUCUCAUAUUCUCAUACAACGGGAUAAUAUCGAAGACGACUUGCAGAAGCUCCGAGCCAAAUAUGAGGACGAUAUAAGGGCAAGAGAAGAGGCCGAACAGACGCUCAGGCUGUACAAGAAAGACGUGGACGAUGCAACUCUGGUUCGCUUGGACCUUGAGAGGAAAGUCGAGUCCCUUCUGGAUGAGAUCAAUUUCCUUAGGAAGGUACAUGAUGAAGAGGUGACAGAGCUAACGACUAUGAUGCACGCUGCCCAGGUGUCUGUCGAGGUCGAAGUAUCUAAACCCGAUCUCACCUCUGCACUGAAGGAGAUACGAGGCCAGUAUGAAUCCAUGGCUUCAAAGAAUCUCCACUCUGCAGAAGAAUGGUACAAGACAAAGUUCGCCAAUCUAAAUGAGCAGGCUACAAGAACCAACGAAGCUAUGAGAGCGAGUAGAGAGGAGAUCAGUGAUUACAGAAGACAAUUACAGUCCAAGACAAUUGAAAUUGAAACUCUGAGGGGAACCAACGAAUCACUGGAACGUCAGAUUCGUGAGAUGGAGGAUGCACAAAAUAUCGACAUAGCUGGAUAUCAGGAAACGAUUGGGCAUCUUGAAAAUGAGCUUAGAAGUGCAAAGAACGAGAUGGCGCGUCACCUUAGGGAGUAUCAGGACUUGCUGAAUGUUAAGAUGGCCUUGGACAUUGAAAUUGCAGCAUACAGGAAACUUCUGGAAGGUGAAGAGACACACUUUGGCACAGGCAUGACGUACUCCACGAUGAACCAUGGGCCCAGCCUAAACUACGCCUAUCAUACCCGCCCUUACACCAGCUCCACCCGAAACCCUAAGAAAGAGAAGGAAGAGGAGAGUCAGGCCAAGUCCAAAAUGGCUGCACAGCGGGAGAUGUUCGAGGAAAUCAUCGAGGAGACCAUUGUGACCAAGAAGGUAGAAAAGAGUGACACGGUUGAUGUAAAUUCUAACUAGACCAACAGUAUCCUUACUCACUGCUGUGAAACUUGCAAGUUUUAUUCAGAAUAGGCCUAUACUUUUCACGCUCAUGUCCACAAGCACUUAGCCUAUACAGGAAAAGUAAAAGUAAAAAUGUCCUUUGAAUACAUCACAGCAACCCAGAAUACUGCUUUUAAUGUAAAAAUGUGAUGUAUCACAAUACACUGCCAGUAGCUGUGUACAUGUUUACAAUAAGUGCUUUCGUCACCUUGAAUGUUCAUGUUCAUUUCAGAGCUAAGGAAAGAUAGCUUUUAUGUCUGUAAGUGUUUGUGGUUCUGUGUGGGUGUCAGUCUUAGAUCUAGACAAUCGGUUACAUAAUCCAACCAUGAAAGUUGUUUUUCAGCGCAUCAAAAGAUUU